AUGUCUCCCCCUGGUAUGCUUUGUGUGACCAUGCAGCCGAAGCCCGAGCUGCUCGAAGCACAAUUUCACGAAUGGUAUAACAAUGAGCAUGGCCCGACUCGUCUACGCCUGCCGCAGAUCUUCACGAAUGGACUGAGAUACCGACAGAUUGACGGGAAAGAACCGAUUUACCUUGCUGCAUACGAUGUGACUGCUAUGUCACACUUGGAAACAGAGACAUACACGACACUUAGAGCAAAUAGAUCCCCGCGAGAAGCCCAAACAAUUGGUCAAGUUGCUGUCAACAGAUACUUCUGGGACCUAGUGACGGCUAAGCAAGCUCCACUAUUCAUCCCGAUCGAAAAGUUGACGAACGACGAGGCCGAGGGGUUGGCACUGGUUGUUGUACAGAUUGAGCUCAAGGGCGAAGCAGCGCAAGCAGAAGCCGAGGUCUUGAAGUGGUACAAGGAAGAACAUAUCGAUAUGCUGUCGAAAGUCCCGGGCUGGUUACGAUCCCGAGUGUUCAGGACCUCAACUCUUGAGUCGGGAAGUCCUACACAUAUAUGGGCGUUACACGAUUACACCAAGGAGAACGGCCUUGGAGGUCAUGAGUUCAAAGCGGCUACUUCGACUCCCUGGAAAGACGAGGUCACCUCGAAGUACGCGAAUAUCAAGGACAGACGGGUUUUCGGGUUGUUCUACGUCUUCGGACCGGCACCGAGGGAUCUUUCCUCCCUAUCCCAGCUACCAGCUGAGACUUCAUCCUUCAAGGCCGCAGACGCCAAAACCACUACCACUAACGACCCGCAGCCCAUAAUCACCUCAUAUAUCACGACCCCUGACGGUCUGUCGAUACCAUAUCAGCUCGAAGGUAACCCUGACCCGAAGGCACCCGUCAUCGCAUUUUGCAACUCGCUCCUCACGUCUCUGCAUAUGUGGGAUAAGUUCGUGGCCAUCUUGAAGGAGAAGCGCCCACAAUACCAAAUCUUACGCUAUGACACAAGAGGGCGACACUCCAUACCAUCACCUACUCCAGUCACCCUUGAUAAGGUCUCUGAUGAUUUAAGCUACCUCCUGGAAGCUCUGCGCAUCCCCAAGCUGAAUACUUUGAUCGGCGUGUCAAUGGGUGGAGCAACGACACUGAAGUUUGUGCUCAAAUAUCCCGAAAGGCUGGCCAAGUUCGUCGCUUGCGAUUUCAAUGUCAACUCGAGUGCUGCAAACACGGAAGCAUGGAAGGGACGGAUUUCUAUAGCAGAGACUCCCCUGGAAGAUGGAAGUCCUGGCAUUGAGAAGCUCGCAGGUCAGACCGUCGAGAGGUGGUUCCACCCUAAUACCAUGAGUAAGACGGAGACUGUCCAAUGGAUUACGGAGCAGGUCGCCACCAACGACAUUGAGGGCUUCAGGUAUGGUUGCCAAGCUCUCUGGGACUACGACAUGAAGGCCGAAAUGAAGGAUUGCCAGGUUCCCGGCUUACUCGUCGUCGGAGAGGGUGACGGAAAGGGUGCUCUGGUCAAGGCGAUGGAUGGUUUCAAGGCCAAUCUUGGUGCUAAAGGUAGUGACCUUGCGAUUGUGCCUGAAGCUGGGCAUUUGCCAAUGUGCGAGAACCCGGAGGGUUUCUGGAAGGCUAUUGAGAGUUUCAUAUAG